AUGCGAAGACACCUAAAACUCUUGAGGAGAGAUAUAUCCGUGAAUCAGAUGAUAUGGUCUGACGCCUUCUUUGAGAUGGACGGACAUUUGGCCGAACUCAUCGACUCUUCCUGGAGGACCGACCAACUUCCCCUCGACGAGAUUGAAGUCCCCGCUAUCGAAUUGCCAGACCCAGAAGCUGACUUUGGACGCCCAGGAUCGGAGGAAACGAUGAGGGAAAUCGAAUCCAAGUGGAGGGAUUUGAAUUUGCAAUCGCUGAGUCCGAACUUCUCUGAUUAG